UGGGGAAAUGGCAGCUCCAGGAAGUCGCCCGCGGCUCCGAGAGACGCCGAGGGAAGGCAGCCCGCGGGGUGGCAGCUCCCAGCCCGCGCCCGUCGAGCCCGCCGCCGCCGCGAUGAGCUCCCCGCAGCGCCCGCCGCUCACCCACGUCUUCAAGGGGACCUUCGUGCACUCCAGCGCCUCCGCCCCCAUGGAGAUCCUCCACGGACACCUUCUGGGGGUGGACGAUAACGGGACAAUUGUGUUUGUGGAACAAAUGGAUCAGCUAGAGCAACUGGCCAAGACAUGGGGGUUCAAAACAUCUGACAUAAGACAACUGAGUAAACAUGAAUUCUUCAUGCCAGGAUUGGUUGAUACACAUAUUCAUGCUCCUCAGUAUUCAUUUACUGGUACAAGAGUAGACCUGACUCUUUUGCAGUGGUUGACUGCCUAUACAUUCCCAACAGAAGCCAAGUACCAGGACAGUGGUUUUGCAGAAGAAGUGUACACCAGAGUUGUUAGACGAACACUAAAGAAUGGUACAACUACAGCUUGCUACUUUGCAACAAUUCACACAGAUACUGCCCUUCUUCUUGCUGAAAUUAUAGAUAAAUUUGGUCAACGAGCAUUUGUUGGGAAAGUCUGCAUGGAUGUGAAUGACAGUGUGCCACAAUACAGAGAGAUUACUGCUGACUCUGUCCAAGAGACAGAAAGGUUUGUUAGAGAACUACUGGAAAAGAAAUAUCCCAGGGUACAGCCUAUAAUAACCCCCCGCUUUGGCCCCUCCUGCACAGAGGACUUGCUGAAUGCUCUCGGGGAUUUAGCAUUAGCCCAUGAUCUCCACGUGCAGAGUCACAUAAGUGAGACUGAGGAAGAAAUCAAAGUUGUGGAGAACAUGUUUCCUGCCUACCAGAAUUACACUGAACUGUAUGAUAAAAACAAGCUUCUAAACAGCAAGACUGUGAUGGCACAUGGCUGUCAUCUUUCUGAAGAAGAGCUGAAAAUUUUUAGUCUUCGUGGAGCUGCAAUUUCACAUUGCCCCAAUUCUAACUUUUCGAUGCGCAGUGGUGUCUUAAAUGUGCAAAAGGUUCUCAAACACAAUGUGAAGCUUGGUCUUGGCACAGAUGUUGCAGGUGGAUAUUCAGCUUCUAUGCUUGAUGCUAUAAGGAAAACAAUGGUGGCAUCUAAUAGCCUUCAGAUCAAUAAAGUGAAUGAAACAGGACUAACUAUUGAAGAAGCCUUUCAGCUAGCCACUCUGGGAGGAAGCCAAGCUCUAGGACUGGAUAAUGUCAUUGGAAACUUUGAGGUGGGAAAAGAAUUUGAUGCACUGCUAAUCAACACGAAGGCUUCAGAUAGCCCUUUUGACUUGUUCUCUGCUGAUGAAUUUGAGGACACUCUCCAGAAGUUCCUGUAUCUAGGUGAUGAUCGGAAUAUUUCUGAAGUGUAUGUGGCUGGAAAGCAAGUGGUUCCUUUUUCAAGCUCUGUAUAAAUCCAUUUCUGUUUGCAAAAUACUCUGCUGAUCAUUCUGCAUCUAAGUUGGAAAAGAUUGAUUAAACACAGUGUCUAAUCAUCAGGAAUGACACCUCACUUUUGGAUAAUGUUAAAAACUUGCAUACAUUGAAAAUUUUGUUAGACCUUUCAAGAAUUACUGAGAAUUACUACUGAAAUUUUCACAGUUCUAGAGGGAAUGGCUAUUUAAAUUACUUUGUAAAAAUAGCAUUUGUGCAUUGAUAGGGGAUUUGAUAAAUACCUUGUUUAAAGAAGGCACCUGCUGAUCUGUUUAAUAAUAGUAGAGGAAGCACUAUGUGGAACAAUGAGAUGCUGAUUUUCUGUAGGAAUUUAAAAAAAAACCCAGUGCUUGAAAAUUGAUUUUGCAGGUAAUGAAUAUCAUGGAAGAAUGCAAUUUCCAUAAUAUUAUUAUAAGUAUGGAAAAAAUCAGUGCCCUCUUGGAGAAUGUAGUUUUUAAUUUUUCCUAUGAGGUUUAAAAAAAAAAUUACAACACUUUUUUAAGAUGAGUUAAGUCAGAAGUGUGUGUUUAUAAAUAAACACACACCUAAGUCCUCACUUAAGAGUUUAGAAUUGUCAUUUGUAGUCAGACAUACUAUUGAAUUACCUUGAUCUUAGUCAUGGCUGAAUGAAACUUCCGUUAAAUUAGAGGCUGGCACUAAGAUAUCUCUGCAGGCUACAUAAAGGCAAACAAAUUAAGAGGGUUUUCUAGACUAGAGGGAGUGCUUCAUUUAAUUCAGCAUCCUGCAGAAUCUUCCCAAACUCAUUUGCUCCUGACUGUUCAGACAGGAUGAUAGCAAGAUGUCCCUUCUCCUUUCUGUAAGGGAAGUGAGUGCAUUUAAAAAUUUCCAAGAGAAAUGGUCUCUUUCUGGCCAUUACCACUUUUGACUUGAGGUGAAAAUCAUCACUGAAAAAAGCAGCUCAACUUUACUAUGCUUUUUAUGUUUUUCAAUGUGGCAUAAUUCUAGCCCUGUACAAUUCCAGGAUUCAGGUAAAAAAAAAAUGCCCUUUUUUUUAUUUUUUUAUUUUUAUUUUUUCAAAAUCUGUGCGACUUUCUACUUCCUUUCCUAAAAUGCCUGCUUUUUUUUUUAAGAUUUGUUUGAUGAGGAUAUUUCUUCUUGUUUCUGUAUUAUGUUUUUGCAACACAAAGAAUGUAAGCUUUAAUUUCAGGGUCAUUAGAGACCAAUAUUGUAUUUUGAUACUGUAAACAUUUCUUGAAUAACGUUUUAAGGCCUACUUCAAACUUCUUUGAUUUCACUAAGCCUUGUUUUGCACUUUUAUCUCACUGCCUGGGGAUAUAGGACUUACCCCUGUUUACAAAACAAGGGAGGUCACUGCACCAAAGUUUCACUUCAUGUCUACUUCAGAGGGAGUGCUUGGCCAAUGCCACUCAUAAUGUUCUGAUUUUAAAAGAAUUUUCAGAGCUUAUGUAUUGUUAUGAUUAUGCCUACAUGAGACAGCAUAGCAUCAAGGGGAAGUGUAACAGCUAAUUUGGGCACUUGAGGCAGUACAGUGUGUUCAAUGUGGUUUUCUUGCCAAAGCUGAGGGGCCGUACCAAACAGCAGGGAAUAACCAGGAGGUCUUGCUGAAAUCACCUGGAUGCAGCCACUCAUUAGAGCUGGCUCAGGUGUCUUCCUGGCUGCUGCACCAUGCCGAGGUACAGCCUUCCUACCCGCUCUGUUCCAAGACUUCUAAGGCUUUAGGAGUCCAGAUCUAAGGAUUAAGAUUUACACAUUCCAUCAGAGUGUCUUCUCAACCAUUGUGUUUUUCAUGUGUCACAAUCACCUGCACAGUAGCACACUUGUUCAGCAAAUAACAACCUUCAGCUCUUUAACUUGCUUUCCUGAUUCAGGGACAUUUUUCUCAUGAAUUUUGACAUGAAUCUAAUUGACCAAAUUUCACAUUUCAAAACCAAAGAACUGUGAGACACAUGUUUUAAUCCUCCCAGUUAAUGUUUGAAACUAUUUUUAGGGAAUUACAUGGUUUUCAGCUUUGGCUUUCCUGUGGUGAAGAAAGAUCACACAGCCUUGUGUACAAUGUAUGCUAGUGCCCUACUUCUUUGCCUUCAGAGCUAUGAAUUAAAUCAAUGCUUUUUAUUUUAGUGGUAGUCUUAACUGUCUCUGACUUAAUUGUUUUCCCAUUAUUAUUUUGUGGCACUUUUAAGAAAAGGAUUCAGCAUUUCUUAAAAUACUUUUGGGAGUAGACAGGUUGCUUAUUUGCCAUAUGAGAAACACUUUAGAACUUUAACAAGUUCAGGACUACGCUGCUGGCCCAAUUACAAAGGUACUCUCUAGAAUAGCUGCUGUAUCUGAAUUUUUAUUGGGUCAUGAGAGUUUGACUCUUGUUUAAUAAAGGGACAAGGUAGGAACUUCUCUUUCGAUUAUAGCUUUUCUAAUGUCUAGUAUCCAGAAAUUUCCCAGACAUAGCAAUGGAAAAUCAGUUUUUUAAGAAUCUCAGCUGGGGGAGGAACUCUGUGCUGUCUGCAGCACUCUGCAAUGCCCAAGACCAGAAGGAGCAAGGUCCAAGAUAGAUAGUGUUACGUUAAAUGCUGAGGUGUUUAGCAGUAAAGGAAAGAAGUCUGAAUUUGAUGUUUGAGGAGGCCAGUGGAGGAGUUAAUAUAAAAAAUAAACUGAGGGUCUUUUGACAGCAACAUUUAAAUAGCUCUGAAUGGAGAAAAAAUGUGCCACCAGAGAAGCUAAGUGGGGUCAUCUGAGGCAGUCCCAAAAGCUUGUUCAGUGGAAGAUGGCAUAUGUACAAAAAUUUAAAGGUUUUAGGUCAUACAAAGAGUGUAGUAGUCAGAAUUCUCUGAAGUAAUUUAGGCAAAAUUACUCACUAAGAAUCACUAACAAUCCCACUGUGAAGUCUUGGUCCUUGAGACUCUAUGCCUGUGUGUAGUUUGCCAAGAUAUUUGUUUUGGUGGGGAAGGAUCAGUGGAUAAAAGCAGUGGAUACCACUGAGACUUACACAUGUACACUAUAUACACCUCAAGACUAUAUAUAUUCUGCUUCCUUGGAUAGAUGUCCCUACUGCAUAUGCACUUUGAAGCAGGCCAAGUGAUGUGUUCAGAUUCUUAGUGUCUCUAAAAGAGACUGGAGUAUAUUUGGAAGACAGCUGAGCAUCCAGUGCAGUUUUCUCCAAAAUAAGCUUCAUUCUUAUACACCAAAUCCACCCUUGCAGACUGAACCAAGGUUCAACAAGGGACAAUGAUUGGGAAUUUAGAAGAACACUAUUGUCUCAAACCAAAAUGCUAAUAGAGGCUAGAACUUGAACUAUUCCCUGUCUGUUCUCAUCCCAUCACAGAACUUAGUAGAUGAAUAUAAAUUGAAGCAACUCUCUUCUACCUUCCUACCUUUUCCCCAACACCAGCCCUCCCCCCCCCAAAAAAAAAAAAAAAACAAAAAAAAAAGUCAAAUGAAACAACUGGGCAUUAAGGGGAUAUGAGUAUGUGGAAGAAAAUAAUGGAAUAAUUUUCAGUCAGCAUGAAUUGAAAAAUAUGACAUUAUAAAUUGAUUGAUAAAACCUCUGGAAAAAUGUACAUGCAGCAGAUUCCAGAUGUCUCUCCCCACAGGUUUUCUUACCAGAUGGUACAUGAGAUAUUUCUUUCUUAAUAUGUCUUUAUGUUCAAUGGUAGCACGCCAUUCAGACAAAGGGGGAAAAAAGGGUAUUUGUGUAGAGCUUGCUUGUUGGGACAAUGUGCUUACUAUGUUCUAUGGUCAGAUGAGCACUUAUUAAUUAUAAAUAGAAUGCAUUUGAAUUACUGUUAUAUGUUUAUCUCAUUGUGUCACUUUAGGUUUUGAAAUACUAAUAAGAAUGCUAUGCAUUAUGCAGCAUUAUUUGAAUUAUUCAUGUGUGACAAGUGGAGUUCUGCACUUUAAAAUGUUGCCUUGGCCUAAUGUUCAUAUUUAUGCUGUAUUUUUGUGUAAUCCUAAGGUUUUGUAAGGGAAAAAAGGUGUAUUUUUUCACUGUACUGAAAUUUUUAGUAAGUUUGCUUUCUUUUAGAAAAGAGAACUUUAAAAUUUUCCUGUCUAAGAUUCUGUGCCUGAUUAUACACUCAUGAAUGAAAAAAAUAUAAUGGUUUUAUGAACUUGAAUACUAACAUUUAAUGUAAAAAUAAGUUCAGAUAAAUAGAUUUUUUUUCAAAUAUAAUUAUGAUAAUGCAAUGCAACUUCGCAAGAGGCAUUACUGUUGAAUAGCUACAGUUAAAUUGAGCAAAAAAGAACAUAGUGAUUCUUGAUUAUUCAUUUAAAAAGAAUACUUAGGAUGAAGUUCUUUCAAAGAAUAUCCUGAUUUUAAAAGGAGAAGAUAUUAAUGUCAUUACUCAGACAAGCUGUUUAAAAAUACUGUUUUAAGCAUUUGCAGGAACAAUCUGUAACAGAUGAUAAGGUGGACAUAUUUUAAAAUUCUGGAUUUUCAUUAUUAUGCUGCUUUAUUUGAAGCCUGGUAUGUGUUAGGAAUCCACUCACCUGUAAAAUGAUAGUGUAUAGUCACAGAAUAAACUAAACUGGAAGGGAUCCUCAAGGAUCAUUGUGUCCAACUCCUGGCCCUACAUGGCAGCAUUCCCAAGGACAGGUAAACAAUUAAUUUCAGAAGACAUUUGAAAAUAGUGGUAGCAGAAUACAAAGUACUGCAAAGUAGAAAGGAGAUUGAUCUAGGAACUCAUAAAAAGAUGACAGGUCAGUGAAAUUUUAGGCAUGAAAUGUGCAGAAAAAAAGAUUCUUUCCCGGGUAAUGUUCCAUUAGACCAUGGAUGUCAUUCCUUCUAAAAGUCAUGGAGGUCCAAAACCUGACUAAGUUCCCAAAGCAGUUGCUUACACACUUAAUAAUAGAAGCCCAAAUACCUGCUUAUGGGAUAAUUAUGUAACUCUUCACAACUUCUAGAGCUUGGCUCCUAGAUUUAAAUCAAAAUUAUCUGUAAUGGCUCCAGAGGAAACAAUGUAAGGGCAUAUUAUGCUUUAUCUAUACCUUCCCUGUGAAACAUUUAGCACUGGCCAGAACAGAGGCUGAAUUAGUCUGGUCCCAGUGAAGAAUUUCUGUUCAUACAUAUCCCAGACAUCAUUCCCUGAUAACUGAGUUCAGCACAAACAGUCUGGUGUGACUGAAAUGUCUGAAUACAAACUGUUUUAAAUAUCAGAUUGUUUAGAAAUUAAGCUCAUUGCUGAGAACAAUAAAUACAUUUUAAGUCACACAAUCAUCUAUCUAGUACUGAACUUCUAGAUACUAGGACAUUGGCUUAAAUCUGUGGGGGUUUUAAGCACUAUAUGUGUAGCAACUCAUGCUUCUCUUAACAGAGAAACUAGCAAAUGACAUCUCCUAGGUAUGAAAAAGAGUAACAAAAUCUAAUAGAACUGUUAGUUUAUGGGGAAAGUCUGAGCAAUGUUUUUGGAAGACAGUUUCCUGGAAACUUCAGUGGAAAAUCUUUAUUAGAAAAUGGCCAGAAUCAGUGUGCUCCAACCAAAAGGUCCUUUGUGGCUUCUGCAGAGCCAGUCACUUCUGCAGAAGUUAAUGCAUUAGACAUGCCUAGACCCUCACUUCUUUACCCUGUCAUGACUCGUAAGUGUGUACUAGCUUUAAUUCUGGUAUUGGCUUGUGGCUUCUCAUAGACUGAGUCUUAGUUUGAAAAUAACUAUGCUAAAGAGCAGAGCUGGGAGAAGGAUGAGGAUAAAGGGCAAUCUUAUACCAGUCCUCCUAAUGCUUCAACACAAAAUAUUUGUCCCACCAGGUAGAUGUUGUUACGUUUCAGCAGCUCUUAGACUCAAUGAUUGGCUUAAUGACUUGAAUCAACUAGUAACAAUUCAACUCAGUCAAGGCUAGGAUAUAAUCUAGAUGUUUUACUGUGAUCUGCAUUUAAACCAUGAGCAGCUUUCCUUGGCCAAGGGCUCCUAGGAAUAUUUAGGUACAACAAACUGGAGGUUAGCCUGCUGGAGAAGGGGCCAGUUUUGGUGACAGCUGAAGGCUGUAAACUGCAUCCUGUCUGGCCUUGUGGCUUUGAAGCUGGGUUGUGUAUGCCUCUAACAGCUUUUAGUGAUGAAACUUUUAGAAAACAUUAACAUGUGCUCCUUAACUGAGGAUGUUUACAUCCCUUGCUUCAAGACACAUUUUCGUUCCCCAAAGGAGAGUUCACAUCUUGCUGGAGUAAGUUUUUCUGAUGCUGAUUUGUCUGCUCGUCACCUGUUGUGCAUAAGCUCUGGUUCAUGUGAAAAUGCCUAACUGGAGUUAAUGUUGUUGAAUUUAUCCUUCCUUUUGUACUUGUGCAGUUUCAAGGAAGAACUGUGUAUUAGGAUAAAUGGUAUAUGCAAUUUCCACUGUUCUGCUUGGUUUUGAUCACGCUAAAUAGGAAGUCAUGUACUGUUGAAACAAAAUAAAGAGGCCUUGUAUUUAUGCCAA